AUGCUUGACAAAAUUAAGACGUUCGUCUCGCGUCAGGCGGGAAAAAAGGCAUCUAAUGCCCUCGCAACCUCGUCCGGGGCCCCGCCCACCCUCAAAGACGCCUUUAAUCAGGCGCUGCAGAUGACAACCAAACUCUUUGAGGAGCGGGAGUGGCAGUGCCCCUGUGGACAUAAAUUUCGUGCCUCGGGGGAGUGGGUGGCCACCCUUCCCAUCUACUGUGAGGUCCCCUCAUGCCCAAACCCAAAGUACUACGUUGAUGGACCAGGCCGUGCUCUACUAGAGGCGAACCCAUCUGGCGUGAAACUGCAAGAAGUGAAGGAUGCCCCUUCGUUACCUUCUUCGUCAACUCGAGGUGUUGCGUCACGCUUCAAUAAUCGAUCUAAAUAA